AGCACCACGGCUGAAACAGUUCCAGCCACGAACUCACGUCGCAUUCGUUCACCAACCGUUUCUUCUCGCGGUAAGAGCAGCGGGCGAUCGAUAAUCCUGGGCCUUCGAUCCGAUUGUAACGCACGUCUCACGCUCAUUGUCGCGUCUCUUUCUUGAUCCCUCGAUCGUGAAUGAGUGCGUGUACGGCCACCGAGGUGUGUACUACGAAACGCAACGAGAAACUUUCGAAGGAUCGUACUCGCUCAGUCACGAUGGAGCAAAGUAAAACAGAGGACGUCGCGCCGGACAGAGUAGCCGAGAUUCUUGCUGGCCGCAAGAUACUAGUAACAGGUGGCACAGGAUUUUUAGGAAAAGUAUUAAUCGAGAAGAUUCUGCGGUGCCUGCCCGAUGUAGAGCAUAUCUACAUGCUCGUGAGACCGAAGAAGGGUAAAGAUCCCAAGCAACGGCUGGACGAAAUAUUCAAUUCUCCGCUCUUCGAGAAAGUUAGAACUCAAAGAGGAUUGUCAGCGCUUGAGAAAGCAGUAACGGCCAUUAACGGAGAUGUGGCAUUGCCGGGACUUGGAUUAUCACCGGAAGACAGGAAAAUACUUAUCGAGAAUGUUAACAUCGUGUAUCAUGGAGCAGCUACUGUCAGAUUCGAUGAACUGUUAAAGAGAGCUGUACUACUAAAUACACGUGGUACGAAACUGAUGAUAGAGCUAGCCAAAGAAAUGAAGCAUUUACUUGUGUUUCUUCAUAUCAGCACGGCCUAUUGCCAUCUCGAAGAACAGAUUUUGCGCGAGAAAACGUAUCCUCCGCCUGCGGAUCCUCAUCAAGUCAUCAAAUGCGUCGAAUGGAUGGACGAUGACGUAGUCGAGGCAAUGACGGACAAAAUCUUAGGGAAAUUACCUAAUACUUACGCUUUCACUAAAGCAUUAUCGGAGAGUCUUGUCGAAGAAUCUAUGUCACACAUCCCAGCGAUAAUUUUGAGACCGAGCGUAAUUAUUCCUAUCUGGAAGGAACCGAUACCCGGAUGGACAGACAAUAUCAAUGGACCUACCGGUCUUUUGAUCGGCGCUGGCAAAGGAGUAAUCAGAACAAUGUUCUGUAAUGAAAACGGUUACGCUGACUAUUUACCUGUCGAUAUUGCCGUUAAUGGUCUUCUCCUUGCUACAUGGAAUUUUAUUUACUUCAAAGACGAAAAACAUGUUUUUAAUAUGACGAGUAGUGCCGAGAUUAAAAUUACCUGGGCAGAAAUAAUUAAACGCGGCCGAAAGAUAACGGAAAGGAUACCUCUGAAUGGAGUCGCCUGGUAUCCAGGUGGUAGCUUAAAAAAAUCACGAUUAAUGCACAAUAUUUGUAUAUUGUUCUUUCACAUGAUUCCCGCUUAUAUUAUCGAUGCAUUUCUUUUUUUGGCAGGAUAUAAACCGAUCAUGUGUCACAUACAACGCCGUAUAAACAAAGGAUUUGAAGUUUUUGAAUAUUAUGCAAAUAAUCAAUGGGACUUCGAAAACAAGUACGUUGAAGAAUUACGGGAAAAGAUUAACAGCACGGAAUGUAAAAACUAUCAAGUGCACGGCAAUGACCUGGAUAUAGAUAAAUACUUUGAAGAUUGCAUUCGAGCCGCUAGAAUUUAUAUCUUAAAAGAGAUGCCAGAAACGCUGCCUGCUGCUCGUCGACAUUUGAGAGUUAUGUACUGGGUGGAUGUAUUCACUAAGAUACUUUUCUUUGUGUUUAUUAUAUACCUCCUAGCUUCCUGGAGUGAAAGUUUUAGAACGUUGCUUUCGCGCAGUAUAACGUAUAUUAUAAAACUAAUGAAUUUAUAAUUUAAUUAAAUAGAAUUGUUCUUAUCCGAUCAAGCUUAUCGAUCCAAUCGUUAAUUCAUUUAAUCUCAAGGACGCGAUAGGGGUUAAGUAUAUAGUGGUAACUUGUGGCACAUACUGCAACCUGUAGUGUGAACUAAAUACGGGUAAAAAAAAUGUGAAUAAAGGUGUUAUUUACACAA